CCAGAGUUCCUAUUGGGUCAACGCGGGAAGUUCCAAGAUGGCGGCAGUGGCGACCUGCGGCACCUGCACCGGGAGUCCCGGGUCCACAGUGGCGGCGGCCAGCAAGAACAACGUCACCAGUUUCCAGCGGAGGGGUCCUAGAGCCAGCGGUUCCGACAGUGGCUACUCUCGACUGGUGUCCAUCGCGGGGACACGACCGUCUGUGCGGAAUGGACAGCUGCUGGUGUCAACUGGGCUCCCAGCCCUGGACCAGCUCCUAGGUGGAGGUUUGGCCGUUGGAACAGUUCUUCUAAUUGAGGAGGAUAAAUACAAUAUUUAUUCUCCUUUACUCUUUAAGUAUUUCCUGGCAGAAGGAAUUGUCAAUGGACAUACUCUGUUGGUUGCAUCUGCAAAAGAAGACCCUGCUGACAUUUUACAGGAACUUCCUGCACCGUUACUUGAUGAUAAUUGUAAAAAGGAAUUUGACGAAGAUGUACAUAAUCAUAAAACACCAGAAUCUAACAUUAAGAUGAAAAUAGCUUGGCGUUACCAGUUAUUACCCAAGAUGGAGGCUGGACCAGUAUCCACUUCACGAUUUGGUCACUAUUAUGAUUUAUCAAAAAGAAUACCUCAAGAACUAAUUGAAGCUUCAAAAUGGCAUAGAUUUUUUCUUCCAGAAAAAAUAUCCUCAACAUUUAAUGUAGAACCCUGUUCUUUGACUCAUGGCUACAAAAGACUGCUUCAGUUUAUCCAGAACAUCAUUUAUGAGGAAGGAUUUGAUGGAUCCAACCCCCAGAAAAAACAGAAAAAUAUUUUAAGAAUAGGAAUCCAGAGUCUUGGUUCACCUUUGUGGGGAGACGACAUUUGCUGUACUGAGAACUGUGACAACAGUCACAGUCUUACGAAGUUCCUGUAUAUUCUCCGUGGUCUUCUGCGAGCCUCUCUCUCAGCUUGUAUCAUCACAAUGCCAACACACCUUAUCCAGAAUAAAGCAAUUAUUGCUCGUGUUACAAACUUGUCAGAUAUAGUAGUUGGUUUGGAAUCAUUUAUUGGUUCUGAGAGAGAGACCAACCCAUUAUAUAAGGAUUAUCAUGGUUUGAUUCACAUACGGCAGAUUCCUCGGCUUAAUAACUUGAUUUGCGAUGUAUCAGAUGUCAAAGACUUAGCUUUUAAAUUAAAAAGGAAGCUAUUCACCAUUGAGGUAAGAGAGAAUUUUUAUGUUUUGGUUCACAAUCUUGAGACCUCGUGGCGGAGACCAGAGCUCCCUCUCAGAGGGGAGCUGAGGAGCGCGGCCCAGAGGACAGUCCACAGCAGGGGCUGCAGCCGCAUCACCCCCGGGGUCUGGUUUAGUCUGGCCCGGCCUGUCCCGGCCCGCUUCGCAGUCGCGGCGAGAAAGCCUGGUGCCUUAUACUGUGCCCCACCCCAAGAUGUCAUGGGGUACAUGCCAUCCCCAACCCUUCCCACACCCAUUCUCAGGAGCACCCUGCCUGAAUGGGGCAAAGAGCAACAACAUCCCCUGCGGAGGGAGGUCAAAGAGCUGGAGGCCAGGAGGAGGAGACUGCACAGCAGUGAUUUCAUGUUUCUUUCUGUAAAACUACCAAUGUUGACUGUAGCCAUUUCGUCUUAA